AUGUAUUCGUGGGUCUGGCUAGCGCUCCUCGCGGCGCUAGUGGUCGUCUCGCUUGGCCUCUACUACCCUCUCUUUGGCGGCUCGGCGCUCGAGGGCAUCCUCGCGACGCGCCCGCUCGUCCGUCUCGCCAACGCGAUGUGGGGGCGGUCCACCCGCAAAAAGAUGGAGGCCGAAGGCGUCCCUCGCCCGACCGCGACCAUCGAGUACUCGCCAGGCCUCGAGAUGGACGUGUACGACGGGCGCGACGCUCCAACCUCGCCCGCGCCGUGCAUCCUCUACUUCCACGCCGGCGCCUUUCUCGUCGGCGACAAGGCGUUUGGCGCGGGGACUUUGGGCUGGAUGGUCGCGCGCGGCGCGGUCGGCAUCUCGGUCGGGUAUGCGCUCACCUCGGGCAAGGACGGCCGCGGCCUCGGCGGCUGCAUCGACUCUGCCAACGCGGCCCUGAGGUACGUGCGCAGCAACGCCGCCUCGCUCGGCAUUGACCCGGCGCAGGUGGUGGUGUGGGGCGACUCUGCGGGCGGGCUGCUCUCGCUGGCGCUCGGCACGGGGCUGGCGACGCCGCGCGCCGUUGCGUCGGUCGACCGCCCGAUGCUGGUCGUCGCCGGGUGGCCUUGCUGCACGGUGGAGAGCCGCUGGUACGCGCCCCGCAGGCUGCCCGAAGGCGGCUGGGCAGAGACGCCCUCGCGGGGAGAGAUGGACCCGCCGUGUGCCUUUGUGCCCGAGGGGAAGGGAGGGACCGCCGCGGCGGCCCAGCGCCAGCUUCAAAGGGUGCUCGCCGGCACCUUCCUCCUCUUCGGCCCGCGCGGAGGCGGCUGGCUCCCCUGCCGCCUUCGGAAG